AUGGGGCUCUGCCACUUUGCCCUGGCCCUGCUGGUGCUGCUGGAGAUUGUGGCCCAGGUGGAUACCCAGAAGAUGGUAAGAGCCCAGUGCGGGGCCCGCCCUAGAGCCUGCAACUCCAUCCAUUUCCUCCUGCUGCCUGCACUCCCUGUCAGCCACGGCCUCCAGUUCUCACAGAAACAGCAUCAAGUGUGCAGAGACAGGCGUCUGGAAGCUGGGAGCAAAAAGUGCCUGUCAGAGAAGACCACAGCCUGGGCCAAAUACCCCCACAGGAUGGACUCAUUGCAGAAGCAGGACCUCCGGAGGCCCAAGAUCCAUGGGUCAGUCCGGGUGUCCCCCUACCAGCCACCCACACUGGCCUCGCUGCAGCGUUUACUGUGGGUCCGUCGGGCUGCCAUGUUGAACCACAUCAACGAAGUCUGGCCCAACCUCUUCCUGGGAGAUGCGUACGCAGCCCGGGACAAGAACAAGCUGACCCAGCUGGGCAUCACCCAUGUUGUGAAUGUCGCCGCAGGCAAGUUUCAGGUGGACACAGGUGCCAAGUUCUACCGCGGAAUGCCCUUGGAGUACUAUGGCAUUGAGGCUGAUGACAACCCCUUCUUUGACCUCAGUGUCUACUUUCUGCCUGUUGCUCGAUACAUCCGAAGUGCCCUUAGUGUUCCCCAAGGCCGUGUGCUGGUACACUGUGCCAUGGGGGUGAGCCGCUCUGCCACAGUUGUCCUGGCCUUCCUCAUGAUCUGCGAGAACAUGACGCUGGUGGAGGCCAUCCAGACAGUGCAGGCCCACCGCGAUAUCUGCCCCAACUCAGGCUUCCUCCGGCAGCUCCAGGUCCUAGACAACCGACUGGGGCGGGAGACGGGCCGGCUCUGA